GUGCAAAAACCGAUCGGAACCGUAAACAUCCACAUACCACAUAAUGCCAACAUUGCUCGGGACAUGUUUUGGGUCUUGGUCACUCUUGGGCCUCUGUAUAUUGCUGGGAAGUUCCAUUGACGUCACACGGGCCAAGCGAAUUCAUUAUGGAUAUCACCAGUUCGGUAAUCGGAUUGUGGGCGGACAGGAGGCAGAGGAAGGUGCAGCACCUUAUCUGGUCUCGAUACAAACGUCUUGGAAAACAAAUAUCUGCGGUGGUGUCAUCAUCGAUAAACAAUGGAUCCUCACUGCUGGACACUGUGCCAACGAUUUUGAUAUUGAGGAACUGCGCAUUAUUGUGGGCACAAAUGAUAGAUUGAAUCCCGGACAGAUCCUUUAUGUGGAUAAGGCUAUUGUACAUUGCAUGUAUGACAUACCGGCCAUCUAUGCGAAUGAUAUUGGACUGCUUCACUUGAAUGAAUCGAUUGUGCUGAAUGAGCGGACUCAGAUUGCGUCACUUAGCACGGAACAUCCGCCAGCUGGGUCGACUGUCAUCCUAAACGGCUGGGGUGCUCCCGAACUCAAUUGGCCAUCCGUGGAACGUCUGCAAACUAUCAAUCUAACGGUGUAUGAUCAUGCCGAAUGCAAGCGGGCCUGGGAUGACACCGAUAGCGUUGAUAUUGGACAUCUCUGUACCUUUAACAAGAGGGGUGAGGGUGUUUGCAACGGUGAUUCCGGUGGUCCGCUCAUGUGGGAGGGCAAAGUGGUUGGCCUCGUCAACUGGGGUGCUCCCUGUGCUGUCGGCAAACCGGAUAUGCAUGCCAAUACCAUUUACUAUAUGGACUGGAUACGACGUCAAAUUGCCGGUUGCAAUCAACGAGUUAAUUGAUUUAUCCAAUUUGUAUUAAAUAUAAUUGAAUCAUAAUUGUCAUCGACAA